AUGGGUUUUGCAGUGUGGGAGGAUGCUAAUGAUGAGGCCCUGCGUCUGACCCAGACUGAUGGCCUGACCUAUUGUAUGUUCCACCCUUUGACCAUCCUCUGCUCUGUUUAUAAUUGUAAUAAGGCACCUCUGGGGUUUGUGAUAUAUGGCCAAUAUGAAAAGGAGGUGGACUGGGGCAGUGUGCACUUCAUCUGGGAGACUGAGGGAGCAGACUGUUUUAACGCAGCAGUAAAGGAUGCCAGGGUGGUCACCCUCCCUGACAUCACGUCAGAGGCCAAGUGUCUGAGUGCGAAGAUGGUGUGAAGGCAGGCCUUUGAGUGCAGUAAGGGGGGAAACGUGAACAUCGUAUCAGAGCUGGUCACUGAGCAGCAGGCUCUGCAAGCAGUGGAGACCUUCCUGGACGAGGAGCGUGUGCUGGUGGAGCUGGCCUGCGGGGCUGCAUUAGCAGCUGUGUACUGUGGGGUCAUCCAGAGUCUGCAGGGUGAGGGCCGGCUGCCCGUUCCCCAAGCAGGGCCCCUGGUGAUGAUCGUCUGUGGAGGCAGCAGCGUCAAUCAAGCACAGCUGGAACAUCUCAGGAAGGUCCUCAAUAGAUGA